UAAGAAUUUACUUUACUUAGUAAUGGGUUUUGACAAACAUUUGACAAAUAUAUAUGGAAAACGUGAAAGGGAACCUAAAAUUCCUCAAGGACUGGAGGAUAAAUAUAAAAUAUCAAAGAAAAUACUUGGAAGGGGUUCUUUUGCUGUCGUGAAACAAUGUACAGAUAGAAUAACAAAUAAAAAUUAUGCAUUGAAAAUACUUCCAAAAAAAUCAAUAAAAGGAAAGGAACGAAUGAUUUCAAGUGAAUUGGAUGUGCUAAAAAAAGUUCAUCAUGCACAUAUAAUUUCAUUGCAUGAAUUGUAUGAGACGAAGGAUGGAGUAUUUAUCAUAACAGAUUUAGCAACAGGUGGAGAGUUAUUUCAUCAACUGUUACUCAAAGGAUCAUAUACAGAAGCAUAUGCAGCAAAACUUGUUAGACAAAUCCUUGAAGGUGUCGCUUACUUGCAUGAUCUAGAUAUAGUUCAUAGAGAUUUGAAACCUGAAAAUUUAUUAUUUAAUGAUAAAUCUAAAGAUGCAAAUCUCAUGAUAACUGAUUUUGGAUUAUCAAAAUUUCUAACAAAUGAAAAUGAUCUAUUAUUGACUGCAUGUGGAACGCCUGGAUAUGUUGCACCUGAAGUGUUAUUAGGAAUUGGUUAUAGUAAACCUGUUGAUAUUUGGAGUAUAGGCGUAAUAACUUAUACAUUAUUAUGUGGUUAUGCACCAUUCCGGGGUGAAGAUCAAGCUUCAUUAUUCGAAACUAUUAAGGCAGGGGUUUACGAAUAUGAAAAACCGUAUUG